AUGAGUUUCCUCAGCUCCAUGCAACAAUAUGUAACAAGUGGCAUCUCCAGUUUGGGACUCGGCAAUCGUCGCUUCUCACUGUCGCGUCAGGAGUCAAGUGAACAGCAGGCAAAUGCUGCAGGCGUUGCCGCUGCUACUGCACAACAGUUGCUGCCACAGCAGCAGCAGCAACAACAGUUGCAACAGCAAGUGCAACCACAGCAGCAACUGCAACAGCAGCAGCUGCAACAACCACACCAACAUCCGCCGUUGCAACAACAAACCAGCAUUGGCAGCGGUUUGGGCUUAAGUGGCGUUGGUGCAACUGGCACUUGCAACGUUUAUGGGGCACCCACUCAACCCACCGCGGGCGUAACAGCAACAACCGGAGGCGGUAAUUACCCCGCCGGCGGCGUCGUAAUCGGCAACCCAAAUGCCACUAAUCCAUUACUAGGGUAUCCCAAGGGAAGCAGCUCGGCGACUGGAGGCAACUCAUCCGCCGGGAGCACACCCAUUAAUUCGCGUCGCCAAUCACGCGCCCUGGAGUGUUUGGCGCCGCCUCGUACGGGUUCAUUUCGUAGCCGGAAUUCGCCACUGCAUCAACCGGAUCCGCCGCCUCGACCACCGCUGGCAUUUUGCAAGCGUCGACUCAGUUGGCCCGAGGUCGAUCCACGUUCCAACUCUGGUGUGCAGGAAACAGAUGGCUCGUAUUUUGAGAAUUUUACAUCGUUGGGAUGGAAACGUGAAAAUCGUCGGAUGUCGGCAACGCGUGCGGCCGAAUCACGUGCCGAGGCUAAUCCAGAAAAUGAACGUGAUCCGCCAGCGCCGGAGGAGUCCAUUGACCGGCAGGAUGAAAAGGAGAAGCUCUACGUGGAGGUGUUGCAUACGAUUGCCAACACUGUGGGAGCGCCAGCGCCAGGUGGACAGUUUGCGCAUUAUAAGGAUGAAAUGUAUCUGCAUGCCCAGCGCGCCUUUGCUGUCAAUCCGGAUCGUCAUUAUCGCCUGCUGCAUGCCUCCGCCGAGGAUAAGCCGAAGAUAAUCGUCCUCUCAGCGGUCGUCAUUGAGGCGGACGGCCUCGAGGCAAAGGAUGCCAAUGGCUUCUCGGAUCCAUAUUGUAUGCUGGGCAUACAGCCGGACGGCGGUCCGCCCGUGUCGCCGCUGCCGCUGCCGCCGACUCCGCGCGCCCUCUCCGCGGAUAUGAGCGGUGGCUUCGAUAACAGUGCCACAGAUUCGCCACCGCAUCGCAAGCACAGCUUUCGCUUGAGCUUCAAGCGGCGCGAGGCGACGGGAGGUCGACGGGAGCAGCGCGACUCUCUGGGCGGCCCGGUGCCCGCCAAGCUCAUCAAGGCCACCAGCAUUAAGCCGCACACGCUUAGCCCCAAAUGGAAUGAGAAAUUCAAAUUCGACAUCGAUGACAUCAACACGGACACCUUUCACUUGGACAUUUGGGACCACGAUGACGAGAGCUGCGUCAUGGACGCCGUCUCGCGACUGAACGAAGUGCGCGGAGUCCGAGGAUUGGGACGCUUCUUCAAGCAGGUCUGUCAGUCGGCGCGUCAAGGCUCACAGGAUGAUUUUCUGGGCUCGGUGAAUAUACCGAUUUCGGAUAUACCCUCAACCGGCUUGGAUGCCUGGUUCAAGCUGGAGGCACGCAGUCAUCGCAGCACGGUGCAAGGACGCAUCCGCCUCAAGUUGUGGCUGUCGACGCGCGAGGAUCGCGGCAAUGCUGCCGAGGAGAACAACGAGCAGCAGAUGCGCAAGGUCGAGCAGCUGCAAAUGGUGUUCAUGCAACACGAGGUCACCACCCAUGAACCCUCCUGGACCUGGUGCGGAGAUCUGCCCGGUCCGGCACUCACCAUACUCCAUCAGCUGGCCGUGCAGUCGGAACUCAGUGAUCUGCAGUGCGCCAUGGCCAGAUAUGUGGCGGCCGCUCGACUGAAUCGCUCGACACCGUUGGAUCCGAAGUUCUUGCACCGCCUGCUGAGCGAUGUGGAGAAGCAAUGGAAUCAGCCCAAUCAGGAGGCACUUACCCGCGAACUGGAGCAAUGGCUGGCGGAGGCAAUGAAUGGGUUUGUGGAGCGCUCAUUGAAUCAGAUACGGCGACAUCGCGACAUCUUUCCGGCCCUGAAUCCGCCCUCGCUCAUCCGGCUGGAGUUCCUGCUGCGCUGUCUGGGAUUACUGGGCUCCAUGCGAGCCUUUCGUGCUGUGUGCCCAUUCAACAAGGGAGUACGCGGUGAGGUGGUGAAUGCAUUGCGCAAGGGCUCCAUCAUGUGGGGACAGAAUGUGCUGCGGGAGUCGCAGUGUUUGCCCAAUCCAUUAUCGAAUUUCGUAACAACAUUAACCGCCGACAUCCAGCUGGGCCAGACAUACUAUCAUGCCCUAUUCGACAACACGAAUGGCAUUCAGUACUUCAGCAUCAUCUACAAGCAGUACGAUGCGAUGGUGGGAGAGGAGCUGUACACCCGGAUGGCAGCUGGCCAGGUGCCCGGCGUGCGGAUGAAUCUGUCGCAGUACGCCGUACUCGAGGGCGAUGCGGAGCCGGUGGACACGAAGCCAUUCGAGUUGUUUCUGGCACUGCAGGAAUUCUGUCAGCUGAAGCGGCAUUUGUCCGCCCAACCGCAACCGCCGGAGAAACCGCUGGCGCUGAGCAACAGCCACGAGUGGUUUAUAUCGACCUUCGAGCGUUGGAUGAUGAUUAGCAAGGCGAAGGCGCUGCAAAGGAUUCGGGCGGCCAUUCGCAUGGAUGCGAUUUGUGAGGGCGAACGCAUUGUGCGGUACAGUAGCUCCUCGGUGGACACGGCCAGCACACUGCUGAACAUCAAGGAGUUCUGGAAGGUCAUCAAUUGGCCGGACGAGGAUACGGCCAUUAUGCUGGAGUCCCAACUCAUCGAUGUCGUUUGCUCCGCCGCCAUGCACUAUUGUGAUCUCAUUCACACCACACUGGCGGACAGUGGUUACUAUGAGCAACAAGGACCGUUCCGCUGCUCCGAUGAUAUGUGUGUUACGGUUAAUAAUGUGGAGUAUGUGCGUCGCACGCUGGCCGAGUUCCGCUCGGAUGAGCAGCCAUUGGAGGAGUCGGCGGAUAAUCUGCUGGAAUCCAGUCUGACUCACAUGGAGAAUCGCUGUGAACGCAUUUUAUCCAAGCUAGCGCCUUUGAUGCAAAUGUCCUUACAGAAGGCCGUAUUCCAUUUGGCCUGGUCUCCAGACUCCUUGCCCGCUAAUCAAGCCAUUGUGCCGCUCCUGGAAUAUCUGGACUGUCAUCUAGCCGCUUUAAAUAGCGCUUUGCUAACCAAGAACUUCAAUCGUUCGCUGCGUUUCAUCUGGAAGACGGUGCUGGGCGAGAUGUCCCGCCAAAUGGAGACCGGAGAUGAGACCGACAAACCGACACACUUUCACAAGCGUUUAUAUGAGGCACUGCAGCUGCUGGUGGACUUCUUCCAUGCCGAGGGACAGGGAUUGCUGCUGGAGUGUCUGCACACGGAGGAUUUCUGGCGGAUCGAGCAACGUUUGCAGUUCCACAAAACGGACACGGAUCGUUUGAUCGACAUGUUCUAUCUGAAUCGAUUACGGGAACAACUGGUGGCCGUCAGCCCUGGUCCUUAUGGAUCCCUGGCUGUGCGCGCCUAUUUCAAUCACGACUCCCUGUGCGUCGAGGUGUUGCACGCUCGGGAUGUGGUGCCCCUCGAUCCGAAUGGCUUCAGUGAUCCCUUUGUGGUCAUCGAGAUGCUGCCUCGUCGCAUCUUUGUCCACUGCAUGGAGCAGCAAACCAAUGUGCAUAAGCGCACUUUGAAUCCCAUUUUCGAUGAAUGCUUUGAGUUCUCGGUGACGCUGGAGCAAUGUCUGAGCGAUGGGGCAAUGAUUUGUUUUACGGUCAUGGAUCACGAUGUGCUCACGGCGAAUGAUUUUGGAGGCGAGGCCUAUUUGGCACUGGGCAAUAUACCCGGCGUGGCGGAUUACAGCACCAGUGUGGAUAACUUUCAUGGACUCAAGCAGAUUGAGUUGCCGUUGAUGCAGCAAAAGGAUAAAUGCAAUCCAAUUUUGCAAAUCCUCGAGCUGCGCAUCAAUGACAAACAGGCACAGGACUUUGUGCGCAAACAGAAGGCUCGUUUCAUCAAUUGAUUCUAUGUGCAGAUCCAGGUGAGCAUCGUUUGAAAAACGUCUCUCCAAAUGGCGACAGCAAGCAAUCAAAUUGCAUUGGAAACUACAAAAAAUUAAAAGUGUAUAAAGUAAUUAACAAAAAAAAA